AUGACAGCAAUAACACUUCCAUCAGAAUUAUUAAUCGAAGUUUGUAGUUAUUUACCACCAUCAGAUUUAUAUUCAUUAUCAUCAGUAUGUAAACGAUACAGAACAAUAUUAUGGUCAAGCAAAUCUGCCACAACACAAGCGAUUUGGCGUACAUCCAGGCGUAAAUUUGCACCAUACCUUAUAUCACCACCACCUAAUGAUAUGUCAGAACAACAAUAUAUUUGGAUGAUGGUUUUAUUACAAAAAUGUAUGUUUUGUGAUGAAACCGAUAAAAAGAAGUUAACUAUGUAUUUUGAGUUUAGAAUGUAUUGUUGUAUUAGGUGUUUAGCUCAACGAACUAUUAGUAAAGACACGUUAAUUAAAGAAUGGGAAGUUCCAACGGACCUAUUAGAAUGCAUGCAAUCAUUAUCACCAAAUGCUUUACAUCCACAAUUAUUUUUAAUGAAACAAAUGAAAAGAACUCUUUAUGAUUUUAGUUUAAUAAGAAAAGAUGAGGAUAAAAUGGCGUGGAUAAAAGAAAGACGUGAAAAAGUUAGUAAAUUACAACCAAUUUUUCGAGAGUAUAAUACUCAACAUGAUAAUGGAAAAUAUAAUUACAAAGAAAGGUUAGAAAGACUUUUUAGAACAUUAAAUAUGUCUACAGAAUAUCCUUAUAGGCGCAAUAUGUCUUUUCUCGAUUAUUGA